CGGUUGGAUUACAAAUUAUUACGAUUUGCUGCAGAUCAAGUAUUGAAUAUAUGUUCGAUAUGAAAAUUGAAUCUAUAAUUCCAUUUAUUUUUAAUUUUAUAAUAACUAGUCGGAUGAUUAGUGAUAAUUGCUUGAUAAUAAGAAAAAGAUCAAGUUGAAAAAAUUAAUUUUUUUUUAACGAUUCGUUAGUCAUCGUUAUGAUUGAACAUCUAAUUGUAAGUUCAGUAGAUUUAACAUCGUUAUAACUAAAAGUAUUUUUAACUUUAUUUUUUUAAUCUUUGAAAUAUUUUCAAUGAUAUUACACGCGGCUCUGCAUCUAUAUCGUGACACAGCUUCUUAAGCGUGUCCUGGAAUUGCUGUCCCCCAGAAUACCGAUGAAAGUGACUUUCUUCAUACUUUCUCGCUUCUAACAGCAUCUUACGUUUCGUACAAGAGAUCAGUUUUCUACAGUCCGUCGCGCAUUCUUAAUCGUAUCGUUUACUCUCGUAUCGUAACGCUUCCGUUAGUUUAUUAAUUGCCACAUGAAGAUCUUUGGCUAAUAGAAAUACAGUACCCUCUUACGAAAAUAAUAACUCCUGUAAAUAAAUAAUAAAAACAAUCAUUAUACAAAUUAUUACCAGUGGCCAGUGAACACACAGAUAAAAAGGCGAAAUUUCUGCUUUGAAGAAAUGGGAAUUUUUGUACGGUCGGUUCUGGAGAUUCCGGAUUCCUCCAAAGAGGCGCAAGCAAUAGCGACCAACGUGUUGUUGCAAGCGCAUUAUGUGUCCAGAACAAAACGGGGACAGGCGAUCGGUUCCGUUCGAGGAUUUCGUGGAUGCACAAUUUGGAUGACAGGGCUUUCCGGUGCCGGGAAGACCUCCAUUUCUUUUCAGCUUGAGGAAUAUCUCGUCUCUCAGGGCAUUCCUGCGUAUAGCCUGGAUGGCGACAACAUGCGCACCGGCCUGAACUGUAAUCUCGGCUUCAGCAAAGAGGACCGAGAGGAGAACGUACGUCGCGUAGCCGAGGUCGCGAAGCUCUUCGCGGAUGCCGGCAUCGUUGCCCUCUGCAGCUUCGUGUCGCCGUUCGCGGCGGACCGGAAAAUGGCACGGGAAAUUCAUGAGAAUGCUAAUCUGUCCUUCUUCGAGAUCUUCAUCGAGGCGUCCCUCCAGGUCUGCGAAGCCCGUGACGUCAAAGGGCUCUAUAAGAAGGCGCGUCAGGGUAUAAUAAAGGGUUUCACCGGCAUCGAUCAAAAUUACGACGUACCCACCGAGCCCGAUCUCAUCGUCAACACGGAGAACGUGUCUGUUCAACGAUCCACCGACAUCGUUAUCGACUUUCUCCAGCGCAAACAAAUCAUACCGAAGUCGUGCGAGCUUAAGCAAACCUUUCAUGAAUUAUUCGUGAAGGAGGAUAGAUUGGAGGAUGUACGGAGGGAAAUGAGAGCUCUUCCGAAUUUGGAGAUCGGGAAAAUAGAUGUGCAAUGGCUACAAGUGCUCGCUGAGGGAUGGGCGGCGCCCUUGAAGGGAUUUAUGAGGGAGAAUGAGUAUCUUCAAACGCUACAUUUCAACUGUCUAUACGAAAACAAUGUUCCAAUCAGCCAAGCGAUUCCCAUUGUUCUUGCCGUGAGCACCGCCGACAAAGAGCGUUGUUCCGACGCGGCCGCGCUCGUUCUCAGAUACCAGGACAAAGAUCUCGCUAUCCUACGCAAUCUGGAAUUUUAUCACCAUCGCAAGGAAGAACGUUGCUGCCGUCAAUUUGGCACGAACGAUCCCAGGCAUCCUUACGUCGGAAUAAUCCGAGACUCCGGCGACUGGUUGGUCGGCGGGGAUUUGGAAGUACUCGAAAAGAUCAAGUGGAACGAUGGGCUGGAUCAUUACAGAUUGACACCGAACGAGAUCAGAAUCAGGUGUCGAGAGAUCGGCGCCGACGCGGUAUUUGCUUUUCAGCUGCGAAAUCCGAUACACAAUGGACACGCGUUGCUGAUGCAGGAUACCAGGAGACGUCUUCUCAAGGAGUACGGCUUCAAGAAACUAGUCCUUCUUCUUCAUCCCUUAGGCGGAUGGACUAAAAACGAUGACGUUCCUCUACCGAUCAGGAUACGGCAACAUCAGGCUGUUCUCGAGGAAAAUGUCCUGCAUGAGGAUACUAUCCUCGCCAUCUUCCCUAGUCCUAUGUGUUAUGCUGGUCCCACUCAGGUACAAUGGCAUGCCAAAGCUCGUAUGAUCGCGGGAGCAAAUUUCUAUAUCGUUGGACGAGAUCCUGCCGGCGUUCCUCAUCCUGAUAAAUCAACUACACUGGAUGGCAAUCUUUACGAUGCUACUCACGGCGCACGCGUCCUUUCGAUGGCGCCAGGUUUGCAGAAUCUCGAGAUCAUCCCUUUUAAGGUAGCCGCUUAUGACACCAAAGCGAAGAAAAUGUCUUUCUUCGAAGCUGACCGGCAACGAGACUUUAUUUUUAUUUCCGGCACCAAAAUGCGUAAUUUGGCGAAAAACGAUGAAGAUCCUCCCGAAGGUUUUAUGGCGCCCAAAGCAUGGAAAAUCAUUGCGGAAUAUUAUCAAACGACGCACAAACAGUCAAGGAGUGAAUUAACGGAAUAAGUAAUUAAUAUUUAUGCAUAAUGUAACAUAAUGAUGUUGAUAUUUUAUAUAUAAUAUCUAAUAAUGCAGAUAAUAAGAAAAAAUAAAUAAAAUAUAGACAUAUUGUAGAUGGAACUAUAGAAAUAAUGGAAUAAAUCUUUCAGUUUGUUAC